UCUCGUUGUUCUAUCUGUGGUAGAGGUUCCCGGAUCGAAGUGACACAAUUCCAACUUAGAUAUUUUUGAGUCGAGUGUUACGGUAACUCAUUUGAGAAUUUAAACUAAGGUUUCAACGUUUGAAUAUCAACAAGGCUACUUUGUUGCACCGUUUUAUGAAAUGGGGCGAAAGGUUAUAUUAGCUACGUGCUCCUUGAAUCAAUGGGCACUAGAUUUUGACGGAAACGUAGAGAGAAUACUGAGAAGUAUCGCGAUAGCCAAGUCUCAGGGGGCUAAAUACAGACUGGGACCAGAACUGGAAAUAUGUGGGUAUGGCUGUGCAGACCACUUCUACGAGUCAGACACCCUGCUGCACUGCUUCCAGGUACUCGGGAAGCUGCUGGAGUCACCUGUCACCCAGGACAUCAUCUGCGAUGUUGGCAUGCCCAUCAUGCAUCAUAAUGUUCGGUAUAACUGCAGAGUAAUUUUCCUCAACGGGAAAAUCUUGUUGAUCCGACCCAAGAUGCUGCUGGCCAACUAUGGAAACAACCGGGAGUUCCGCUGGUUUUCACCAUGGAAUAAACUCAGACAUGUGGAGGAGUACUACCUGCCCAGGAUGAUCCAGGACAUGACAGGACAGGACACUGUCCCCUUUGGUGACUGCGUCCUCUCAACCAAAGACACCUGCAUUGGGAGUGAGAUGUGUGCAGAGCUGUGGAACCCUAGGAGCCCCCAUGUGGACAUGGGUCUGGACGGCGUGGAGAUCUUCACCAACUCCUCAGCCAGCUACCACGAGCUACGCAAGGCAGACCACAGAGUGAACCUGAUUAAAUCAGCCACCAUGAAGAGUGGGGGGAUCUACAUGUUUGCCAAUCAGAAGGGUUGUGAUGGAGACAGACUCUACUACGAUGGUUGUGCCACGGUGGCCAUCAACGGGGACAUUGUGGCCCAGGGAAGACAGUUCUCCCUGGAUGACGUGGAGGUUGUGACUGCCAUUCUGGAUCUGGAGGAUGUCCGCAGCUACAAAGGAGAGCAUUGCCACCCACAUGUGGAGUAUGAGCACAAGCCGUGCCAUCGAGUCAAAGUGGACUUCUCCCUGUCUGAUUGUGAAGAUGUCUACCUCCCCACUCACCAGCCCAUUGAGUGGCAGUUCCACACUCCUGAGGAGGAGAUUAGCCUGGGUCCAGCAUGUUGGCUUUGGGACUACCUGAGGAGAAGUGGUCAGGCUGGUUUCCUCCUGCCUCUCAGUGGUGGUGUGGACAGUUCCUCUACAGCCUGCAUUGUCUACUCCAUGUGUGUGCUGGUCUGCCUGGCAGUCAGAGAUUGCAACACCCAGGUGCUGGAGGAUGUUCAACGGGUAGUGAGUGAUGUGUCCUACACCCCCCGGGACCCACGGGAGCUGUGCAGACGCAUCUUUACCACCUGCUACAUGGCCAGUGAGAACUCUUCAGAAGGAACCCGUAACAGGGCCAAAGACCUGGCCUCUCAGAUUGGCAGCUCACACAUGAACCUCAACAUCGACAUGGCAGUGAAAGGCAUGCUGGGAAUCUUCUCCAUGGUUACGAGAAAGUGUCCCCAGUUCCGUGCUAACGGUGGAAGCACAAGAGAAAACCUUGCCCUACAGAAUGUGCAGGCCCGAAUCAGGAUGAUUCUGGCCUAUCUCUUUGCUCAGCUCAGUCAGUGGGCUGAGGGGAAACCUGGUGGCCUCCUAGUCCUUGGCUCAGCCAAUGUGGAUGAGAGUCUCACUGGCUACUUCACUAAGUAUGACUGCUCUAGUGCUGACAUCAAUCCCAUUGGAGGCAUCAGUAAGACAGACCUAAAAAGCUUCCUGCAGUACUGUGUCGAACAGUUCCAGCUCACCGCCCUCAAAAGUAUCAUGGCUGCACCUCCCACUGCAGAGCUGGAGCCCCUGAAGGACGGCCAGGUGUCGCAGACUGAUGAGUCUGAUAUGGGGAUGACAUACUCGGAGCUGUCUGUGAUUGGUCGGCUCAGGAAGAUCUCCAAGUGCGGCCCGUACAGCAUGUUCUGCAAACUCAUCCACAUGUGGAGGGAGGCCCUCUCCCCUCUACAGGUGGCGGCCAAAGUGAAACACUUUUUCCAGAUGUAUUCUGUGAACAGACACAAAAUGACAACUGUGACACCAUCCUACCACGCUGAGAGCUAUGGCCCCGAUGACAACCGCUUUGACCUCAGGCCCUUCCUCUACACUCGCUGGUCCUGGCAGUUCAGAGCCAUUGAUAAUCAGGAGUGGCUGGCCUGCGAAGAUGACUGCAAGAGCACAACACAGAAUGUUCAAUGAGGUUAAGAAGAAUCCUAGUGUCAGCUGAAGACUUACAGAAAUCUCUGGAACAUGCUAACAUCUCUGACGAGUCUACGAUACCUGAAACACUAAACAAGAAUGAUGUUCAUGGGAGGACACCAUGGAAGAGGCCACUGCUGUCCAAAAAAAAACAUUGCUGCACAUCUGAAGUUUGCAAAAGUGCACCUGGAUGUUCCCCAGCGCUACUGGCAAAAUAUUCUGUGGACAGAUUAAACUACAGUUGAGUUGUUUGGAAGGAACACACAACCCUAUGUGUGGAUAAAAAAAGGCACAGCACACCAACAUCAAAACCUCAUCCAAACUGUAAAGUAUGGUGGAGGGAGCAUCAUGGUUUGGGGCUGCUUUACUGCCUCAGGGCCUGGACAGCUUUCCAUCAUCUACGGAAAAAUGAAUUCCCAAGUUUAUCGAGACAUUUUGCAGGAGAAUGUUAAGCUAUUUGUCUGCCAAUUGAAGCUCAACAGAAGUUGGGUGAUGCAACAGGACACUGACCCAAAACACAAGUAAAUCAACAGAAUGGCUUCAAGAGAAAAAAAUACGCCUUCUGGAGUUCUGACCUUAACCCGAUUUGAGAUGCUGUGGCAUGACCUCGAGAGCAGUUCACACCAGACAUCCCAAGAAUAUUGCUGAACUGAAACAGUUUUGUAAAGAGGAAUGGUCCAAAAUUCCUUCUGACCGUUGUGCAGGUCUGAUCCGCAACAUCAGAAAAUGUUUGAGGUUAUUGCUGCCAAAGGAAGUUAACCAGUUAUUAAAUCCAAGGGUUCACAUACUUUUUCUACCCUGCACUGUGAAUAUUUACACGGUGUGUUCAAUAAAGACAUGAAAACGUA